UUUAGUGUCGCCUUAAAUCCAGCCCCUUUUUCAUUCCUUUUAUAUCCUUCCCUCUCUCUCUCUCUCUCCCCAUUCAACUCCAUAUUAGUAUUUCUCUCUCCCUCUCUAAAAACUCACAGAAUGUCUUCAUCGAGAGAGAAACAAUGGAGACAAGAAAAUCCGAAACCCAAGAAAUCCCACCGCAACACCCCCUCAUUCUCCUCCUCCCUCCUCGACGAAAUCUGCCGCUCCAUCGACGAGAAGCCAGAGCCCCAAACGGCGCCGUUUUCGAGGGUCGAGAAAUGGAUGGAAAGCGACAAAACCGUAUCCCGCCGCCGCCCGAGAUUCGACAACGCCGUCUUCCCCGACAACGACCCCCCCUUCCUCUCCACCUCAGCCUCCUCCGCCAACCGCCCCAAACCGGUCCGAACCGCCCGGGACAAGGACUGCUAUCUCUUCGACGAGUACGAGGAGCACGAGCGGAAAAUUGCGGCGGCGGCGGCGGCGGCGGGGGGAAGAGACGACCUCAUCAAGUCGAAAUCGCGGGCGAUGAGAAUCUACGCGAAUUUGAAGAAGAUGAAGCAGCCCGUCUCCCCCGGAGCCCGCCUCACCACCUUCUUCAGCUCCAUCUUCGCCGGCCUCAAUCGGAAGAAGUCGAAUCGGAAUAAUGCGGCGGCGGAGUCCCCGGCGAAGAUGCUCGCCAGGUGCUCGACGAAAUCGUCGGACAACACGCGUCGCGAUGGGAUCGAAAUUAGAAAUGCGCGGUCCGACCUCGCACGUGCGGUCGCAGAUCGGGGCACAAUGCCACGCGGGCAGGAGAGUCUGGGUGGCGACGGGCGGCCCCCGUUGCCGCCCAAUGUGUUUCGGAAUUUUAAAAAAUGCGAUUCGAAUAAACUCCGUUGUUACGAGAGCGACGAGGACGAUGAGAGACUCCCGUUGCCGCCAAAUGUGUUUCGAAAUUUUAAAAAGUGCGAUCUAAAUAAACUCCGUUGUUGUUACGAGAGCGACGGGGAGGAAGGGGACGCGAUUAGUGAGUCGAGCUCGGAUUUGUUCGAGCUCGACUUCGGGAUUAAGGAUAGGUUUUGUGAAGAGCUACCGGUGUAUGAAACGACUUAUUUUGAUAAGAAUCGCCGUUUAUUUCGUUAAUGGCAGAGUAAUUUGUGUCUAAUCAACGCUAAUUUUGCGUUUGAUAUAUAAAUGUGUAGAUAUGUAUAUAGUAUAUAAAAAUUGUGAAAUGUAGUUUUUCCUAUUUGGAGUGCUUUUUGAUCACUAAUAUUGUGCUACUUUUUGUAGCUUUUCCA